AUGAUUGAAGAAAUUCUACUUAGACUCAGCAAAUGCAUCCAGCCAACCGAAGAGGAGGUCCAAAUAAUCUGUAAUCUGGCCAUAGACAUCUUUUCAAAGGAAGAAAAUGUCGUUUCAGUGCCGUCGCCCGUCACUAUCUGUGGAGACAUCCAUGGCCAACUGCACGACUUAUUCGAACUGUUCAAAAUAGGCGGAAUGCCACCCUACACAAGCUAUCUGUUCAUGGGAGACUAUGUGGACAGGGGAUACCACUCUGUGGAAACGCUUUCCUUCCUCUUGUGCUUGAAAAUAAAGUUUCCAGACAGAAUAUGGCUUCUCAGAGGCAACCAUGAAAGCAGGCAGAUAACACAGGUCUACGGAUUCUUCGAUGAGUGCUUUAGAAAGUACGGAAACAACAAUGUUUGGAAGACAUUUACAGACAUGUUUGACUAUCUACCGAUUGCAGCCAUUGUAAAUAAUGAUACCUUCUGCUGCCAUGGUGGAUUGAGUCCUUCUUUCAGCACAGUAGAUGAACUGAAGAAUUUUGAUAGAAAAAUCGAGAUACCUCACGAGGGAAUGAUGUGUGAUCUGCUCUGGUCUGAUCCAGAGGAGAGCCAUGGGUGGGGAGUCUCUCCAAGAGGUGCGGGAUUCACAUUUGGGCCUGAUAUAACUGAAGCAUUCAACAAAAGAAACAACCUCAGACUUAUAUGCCGUGCACAUCAAUUGGUAAAUGAUGGAUACUCCUGGAAUCACGAUAAAGAGUGCGUGACAAUAUUCAGUGCACCUAAUUACUGCUAUAGAUGCGGCAACUUUGCUUCUCUUAUGGAAAUGGACGAAAAGGGCCACUAUGACUUUACACAGUUCGAUCCUUCUCCCGAGAGGCCAGAUGACUACGCAGUAUCAAAGAUCCCAGAUUAUUUUCUGUGA